AUGACCACCCCCGACUUCGACAAGCACCUGGAUGUACUGCGCGAGGUGUUUCGCUAUGUAGUGAAACGAUCGGGCCUUGAUGUUGACCCGGGGAAGAUAGAGCCUAUUCUGACGCUUCUCGCGCCGAAACCGGUUUCUGAAGUCCGUCGAAUUAUAGGUAUGGCGUCGUGGUACUUUCGGUAUAUUCCGAAUUUUGCAUUUAUUGUCGCACCGAUUACUGCGCUGCUGAAAAAGGAUCGUAAAUUCGAAUGGUCAGAUGUCUGUACUGUCGCUUUCGAUACAACUAAACAAAAUCGAACACUCCUCAAUUUGAAGGUAAGCUGGAUGGCUGACGCUAUCUUGAAAUCCACCGUUACAACACGUCCAGCCAUUUCUCACACUGUAGUAUCCCAUUUUGUUAGACGAUCACAGGCCAAAACAAAAUUUAUUAAGUUUUGGUGGGAUGUAUGGAUUACCACAGUAUGGGGUCAGUAA